GCUGAUCAUUUAAACGGAAUCUUCUUUACCAGUUUCUAAAAACAAACAAAAAAAAGAUAGAAAGGUUUGUUUUUUCAAAGACAGUGGAAAAAAGGCUAUGAAUUUUAGCGAUAAAGCUUGGAUUUUACUGGCAAUUCUGUGUUUUUCAUCGUUGAUUUGCUCAAUUAAAGCAGUGGUCUCUUAUGAUCAUAAAGCUUUAAUCAUCAAUGGACAGAGAAGGAUCCUUCUUUCUGGUUCUAUUCACUACCCAAGAAGCACCCCUGAGAUGUGGCCUGAUCUUAUAAAGAAAUCCAAAGAUGGAGGUUUGGAUGUUAUACAAACUUAUGUAUUUUGGAAUGGACAUGAGCCUUCUCCUGGAAAAUAUUAUUUUGGGGAUAGGUAUGAUCUGGUUAAAUUCAUCAAGCUGGUGCAGAAAGCUGGUCUAUAUGUUAGUCUAAGAAUUGGUCCAUAUGUUUGUGCCGAGUGGAAUUUUGGGGGAAUUCCUGUUUGGCUCAAAUAUGUACCUGGUAUGGUUUUCAGAACAGAUAACGAACCUUUCAAGAUUGCAAUGCAAAAAUUCACAAAGAAGAUUGUGGAUAUGAUAAAAGAAGAGAAGCUUUUUGAGACUCAAGGAGGACCCAUUAUUCUCUCACAGAUAGAGAAUGAGUAUGGACCAAUGGAAUGGGAGAUAGGAUCAGCAGGAAAAGCAUAUACAAAAUGGACAGCUGCAAUGGCAUUGGGACUUUCUACAGGUGUCCCAUGGGUUAUGUGCAAGCAAGAUGAUGCUCCUUACCCUAUUAUAAACACAUGCAAUGGGUUUUAUUGUGAGGGUUUCAAACCAAACUCAGACAAACAGCCCAAGAUGUGGACGGAAAACUGGACCGGUUGGUUCACGGAAUUUGGAGGUGCGUUACCAAAUAGACCAGUCGAAGACAUUGCGUUCUCCGUGGCUCGUUUCAUACAGAACGGUGGUUCCUUUAUGAAUUAUUAUAUGUACCAUGGAGGGACGAACUUUGAUAGAACAGCUGGUGUAUUUGUCGCCACAAGCUAUGACUACGAUGCUCCUCUUGAUGAAUAUGGAUUACCGAGAGAACCCAAGUACAGUCACUUGAAAGAGUUGCAUAAGGUCAUCAAACUAUGUGAACCCACGUUGGUCUCUGUUGAUCCCACCAUUACAUCGCUAGGCGAUAAACAAGAAGCUCAUGUGUUCAAGUCCAAGACUUCUUGCGCUGCGUUUCUUUCGAACUACGACCCGAGUUAUGCAGCAAGAGUUAUGUUCAGGGGAUUUCCAUAUGAUUUGCCUCCUUGGUCUGUCAGUAUAUUACCUGACUGCAAAACCGAGUUUUACAACACUGCAAAGAUUCGUGCACCCACAAUACUUAUGAAGAUGGUUCCUACUAGCACGCGAUUUUCAUGGGAAUCAUACAACGAAGCAGUCCCUUCUUCAAAUGACGCUGGUACGUUUGCUAAAGACGGUCUUUUGGAACAAAUAAGCAUGACCAGAGAUAAAACAGACUAUUUCUGGUAUCUAACAGACAUUACAAUAAGUUCUAAUGAGAGGUUCUUGAAGACUGGUGAUGAUCCACUUCUUACCAUUUGUUCAGCUGGGCAUGCUCUUCAUGUAUUCGUUAAUGGUCAGCUUGCAGGAACUUCUUAUGGAGGAUUGAGCAGCCUCAAGCUCACAUUUAGUCAAAAGAUCAAAUUGCACGUAGGCGUCAACAAACUUGCUCUCCUAAGUACUGCAGUGGGUCUUCCGAACGCUGGUGUGCAUUAUGAGACUUGGAAUACUGGAGUUCUAGGUCCAGCCACACUGAAUGGUGUUAACUCUGGAACAUGGGACAUGUCUAAAUGGAAAUGGUCCUAUAAGAUUGGUACUAAAGGUGAAGCUAUGAGCCUUCAUACCAUGACCGGGAGUUCCUCUGUGGAAUGGAUUGAAGAAUCAUUCGUAGCUAAGAAACAACCUUUGACCUGGUACAAGUCUUCUUUUGAUACACCGGUAGGCAAUGAACCAUUGGCUUUGGACAUGAACACAAUGGGGAAAGGUCACGUUUGGGUAAAUGGACACAAUAUUGGACGCCACUGGCCUGCCUACACAGCUCGUGGGAAUUGCGGUCGCUGCAACUAUGGUGGAAUUUACAACGAGAAGAAAUGUCUUAGUAAAUGUGGCCAAUCUUCUCAAAGAUUGUACCAUGUGCCUCGUUCAUGGCUAAAGCCAUUUGGGAACCUUCUAGUUAUAUUUGAGGAAUGGGGUGGUGAUCCAAGUGGGAUCUCUCUUGUUAAAAGAACAGCCAAAUGAAGCUCUUCUUAUUUCGUUUUUUUUUUUCUCUGAACAAGGUCUGUUGGUGCUGCGUGCCUCUUCUUUGGAAGUUAAAUAAGGUUCUGUCCAGUGGUUACAAAAACAUAGAUUGCCAUGUACAGAACUUAGUGGCAAGUUUUGGUAUAUUUUGGAAGAAUGUUAUGUAUAUCAUGGCCUAAUAA